CACUGCCGCGCGCACAGAGCGAGCGGCCGCACAGAGGCGCCCGGCGGGAGGCGGAGGAAUGGCUGCGGUGUUCGGGAAGGUGUUUGUGGGCGUUUACGUGGACAUAAAACGGAGCGACGGACGAAUACACCAGGCGAUGAUCACAUCACUUCAUGAAGACAACGAGAGCGUAACAGUGGAAUGGAUCGAGAAUGGGGACACCAAAGGGAAAGAGGUUGACCUGGAGAGCAUCUUUGCUCUGAAUCCAGAACUUAUUCCUGAUGAGGAGAUACCACAGAGUCCAGAAGCUCCUCUUCCACCGUCCUCUGCUUCCAAAGUCAGCAAGGUCUCAAAGACACACAGAAGAGCCACAUCCAUAACAAAGGCUGAGAACGCUGCACGGGAGAAUCGAGCUGCAGCAGUGGGAACCACCCGGGCCCGACCAAGCCAGCACAGCCAAGCUGCAGAUCCAGCUCCACCAGCAAUAGCACCUCAGCCUGCGGUUAACCAGGCGCUGAUACAGCAGCAGAAUGCACGGCGGAAAUCCAACUGUGUGAAAGAGGUGGAGAAACUCCAGGAGAAACGAGAGAAGAGACGACUUCAGCAGCAAGAACUCAGAGAGAAGAGAGCGCAGGAGGUGGAUGCCACUUUACCUAAUUAUGAAAUCAUGUGUAUGAUCAGGGACUUCAGAGCCAGCCUCGACUACAGGCCUCUCACUGCUGCUGAUCUGAUUGAGGAACAUAGAAUAUGUGUGUGUGUACGUGCUCGCCCGCUUAAUAAAAAAGAAUUAUCAAUAAAAGAAUUGGAUGUGAUCACCAUUCCCAGCAAGGAUGUUGUAAUGGUCCAUGAGCCAAAGCAGAAAGUAGACCUAACCCGCUUCUUAGAGAAUCAAACUUUCAGAUUUGACUAUGCCUUUGAUGAAAACUCCACUAAUGAAAUGGUGUACAGGUUCACUGCUCACCCUCUGGUCGAAACCAUCUUUGAGAGGGGAAUGGCAACAUGCUUUGCAUAUGGGCAAACUGGAAGUGGGAAAACACAUACAAUGGGAGGGGACUUUUCAGGAAAGAACCAGGAUUGUUCUAAAGGGAUCUAUGCACUGUCUGCCAGAGAUGUCUUUGUCAUGUUAAAAAAGCCAAACUACAAGAAGUUGGAUCUUCAAGUCUUUGCUACAUUUUUUGAGAUUUACAGUGGGAAGGUGUUUGACCUGCUAAACCGCAAAGCCAAGUUACGGGUUCUGGAGGACGGGAAGCAGCAGGUCCAGGUGGUGGGGUUGCAGGAACGAGAGGUCAAAUGCACAGAAGAUGUCCUGAAGCUCAUUGAAGUAGGAAACAGCUGCAGAACAUCUGGUCAGACUUCAGCAAAUGCUCACUCUUCACGAAGCCAUGCCGUGUUUCAGAUUAUUCUGCGUCGGCGAGGAAAGAUGCACGGAAAGUUCUCCCUUAUUGACUUGGCUGGGAAUGAAAGAGGGGCAGACACAUCCAGUGCUGACCGUCAAACCCGCCUAGAAGGAGCUGAGAUCAACAAGAGUCUCCUGGCACUCAAGGAAUGUAUUCGAGCCCUAGGCAGAAACAAACCUCAUACGCCGUUUAGAGCCAGCAAGUUAACCCAGGUGCUGAGGGACUCCUUCAUUGGAGAAAACUCCAGAACUUGCAUGAUUGCAACCAUCUCUCCAGGAAUGGCAUCUUGUGAGAACACUUUGAACACAUUGAGAUAUGCCAACAGAGUAAAGGAGUUUGGGAUAAGUCCAUCCGACAUUCCCUUCUCCCAGAGUGGGGGCGGCGGAGGCCGAUCCGAGCUCUCCCCAACUUAUGAGGUCAAAGAGCUCCCAGUGGGCCAUGCAGCAGCCAUGGAGAUCCAUCACGGACACAUCAAUCAGUUGGAGGUGCUGGAGGCCCAGUGGGGAGUUGGGAGUUCCCCUCAGAGAGAUGAUUUGAAGCUGCUUUGUGAACAGAAUGAGGAAGAAGUUUCUCCGCAGCUCUUCACCUUCCACGAGGCCGUGUCUCAGCUGGUAGAAAUGGAGGAGCAGGUUCUGGAGGACCACAGGGCUGUGUUCCAGGAGUCGAUCCGCUGGCUGGAGGACGAGAAGGUCCUUUUGGAAAUGACAGAAGAAGUGGACUAUGACGUGGAGUCGUAUGCAACUCAACUGGAACAUCUGGAUCAGAAGAUCGACAUUCUGACUGAGCUGAGAGAUAAAUCAAGUCUUUCCGUUCUGCACUUCAGGACAGAGGAACAAGCUAGCAAACAAAUAACUCCAAAGAGGCCUCGUGCACUAUAGACCACAUUCACAAAACUU